CACUUUAUCAUCUUGGCGACCCUACUUCUUCCUUCCUUGUCACGUCUUCUGCAUUGUCCUCCCCUUGAUCCCAGGCUCGCUCCUGACAUCGGUCCCCUCCUUCACCACGUCACUGCCAAAGCUCGUUCGGUUCGAGGUUCUCGAGCGAGGCCAGCAGCGUCGCCAUUUAAAAAGGGCAUCGUCGUUCGUCUUGCUUUCUCCAAGAGGUCGUGUCGGGAAACCCUUCAAGAAAUCGAUCAUGGUUCUUGCGUCGUGGAGGUUCCUUGCAGCUGCAUUUGCUGCGGUUCUCUUCCUCCAUGGAUCUCGCGCCUCGGAUGAAGCCUACCCAACUCAAUCCUAUAGCUUUGUGCGCAACGCCAUAUCGGCACCGCCGCUCUCAUACUAUGACUACAUUGUCAUCGGCGGCGGCACUGCCGGCUGCCCAUUAGCAGCGACUCUAUCUCACAACGCCUCCGUCUUGCUCUUGGAAAGAGGCAGCUCGCCCUACGGCAACCGGAACAUCACUGACUUGGAUGCCUUCGGGGCGGCGCUCUCGGACCUCUCCCCAUCCUCCCCGUCACAGCGUUUCAUCUCCGAGGACGGCGUCAUCAAUGCGCGCGCACGAGUGCUGGGCGGCGGAAGUUGCCUGAACGCCGGGUUCUACUCACGCGCUGCUCCUCAAUAUGUGAGGGAUGUGGGGUGGGACGGGAAACUGGUAAACGAGUCGUACGCAUGGGUGGAGCGGCUGGUGGCAUUCGAGGCCAAGAUCGGGCAGUGGCAGACGGCGGUGCGGGACGGGCUGCUAGAAAGUGGCGUGGUUCCCGACAACGGCUUCACCUACGACCACAUCCCUGGGACCAAGGUGGGCGGGACCAUCUUCGACGAAUCGGGCCACCGGCACACUGCCGCCGAUCUGCUCGAGUACGCCGAUCCCAAGGGCAUCGCCGUCCUCCUCCACGCUUCCGUGCACAAGAUCCUCUUCAAGAGGAAAGGUACGUCAAGGCCCGUGGCCCAUGGAGUGGUCUUCAGGGACUCGACGGGGGCCAAGCACCGGGCCUACCUCCGCCGAGGGCCGAGGAAUGAGAUCAUUGUCUCCUCCGGGGCCCUCGGAAGCCCACAGCUCCUGAUGCUGAGCGGGCUGGGCCCCAAGGCCCACCUCCAGGCCCACAACAUCUCGCUGGUCUUGGACCAGCCCAUGGUCGGGCAGGGCAUGUCCGACAACCCGAUGAACGCUGUCUUCAUCCCGUCGCCGAACCCGGUGGAGGUGUCGCUGAUCCAGGUGGUCGGGAUCACUCCCUUCGGGAGCUUCAUUGAGGCUGCCAGUGGCGAGAACUUCGCCGGCGGUGCCUCGACCAAGGACUAUGGCAUGUUCUCUCCCAAGAUUGGCCAGCUCGCGACGUUGCCACCAAGACAAAGGACUCCGGAGGCCCUAGCGAAAGCCAUCGAGGACAUGGACCGCCUCGAGCAGGCAGCGUUGCAAGGUGGAUUCAUCCUCGAGAAAAUAACGGGGCCCAAGUCCACAGGCCACAUGGAGCUCCGAAGCCGCAACCCGAACGACAACCCCUCCGUCACUUUCAACUACUUCCAAGAUCCCGAUGACCUGCGGAGGUGCGUCGAGGGGCUCUCGACCAUCGAGAGGGUCAUCGAAUCCAAGGCGUUUGCCGACUUCAAGUACGACGCCAUGACCUUCGCGUCGCUGCUGAACCUGACGGCGAGCGCGCCGGUGAACCUGCUGCCAAGGCACCGGAACACGUCGACGUCCUUGGAGCAGUACUGCAGGGACUCGGUCAUGACCAUCUGGCACUACCAUGGAGGGUGCCAAGUAGGGAUGGUCGUGGAUAGGGACUACAGAGUCUUGGGCGUGGACGCACUUAGGGUCAUCGACGGUUCCACUUUCAAUCACUCUCCCGGCACUAAUCCUCAAGCCACGGUCAUGAUGCUCGGAAGGUACAUGGGGGUCAAGAUACUGAACGAGAGGCUCGCAAGCGAAGCGUCUUAGGAAGCAGAUCAUCGCCAGCCGAACGAACGCAUCUUCAGUAGCUGCUUGCCUUAGAUAAUCGAAGCGUUAUGAAUUAGAAAGAAGCACGAAAUUUGUAUUAGAGGGUGAACGACGAACCAAAAUUGGGGACUAGCCUUUCUAGCUGGUGGCAGAACAUUUCCCAAAAUUCCGUUGCCGUACGUACCCCUUUUGAAGAGAAUAUGAUCUUGGAUAUGCUAUCCAUCUUCCAGAUA